UUAACAUUAAGUUGUAAUGUACUCUGUGGCAAACUUUGGCCACACCUAGAUCCUGUCCCAUUUCCACCCAAAAAAUAACACAAAAAAACAGGCUUCUUUUUUUUUCUCUUCUUUUUCUUCUUCUUCUUCUUCUUUUUGGUGCGUUUGUUUGUGUGACGGCGAGUCCCGGCGGUGUAACCGGAGAGGGGCCUCAGAGAGGGAAUGCAGGACUGCAAUGGAGCACAAUGCAAUACAGUGGUUGGGUGCCCCGUCCUGCCAGCGGGGGAGCUACGCCUUCUAUAAGUCGGUGAGCAGCCGAGCUCAACCCGGCGGGCCGGUCCAGGUGUGGAAGCUCGGCGAGUUUUACUUCAUCCGCUGUGGACCCCGGGAUCCCGUAUGCAUCGCAGAGGUGACCUUACUGUGGGAGGACCAGACACGGCACCACCUGCUGGCCAGUGCCAGACUCUACUUCCUGCCUGAGGACACGCCGAAGGGGCGGACCAGGGAGCACGGAGAGGAUGAGGUUCUGGCAGUGUCCAGGAAGAUGGUUGUGCGGGUGGAGGACCUGGUGGAAUGGGCGUGUGCGGAGUCGGCAGGUUGGCGCAGCAGCCUGAAGCCGCCGCCCUGCGGGACCAACGGCCUCCACAAGCCUCUACAGAGCAGCGUCGGAAACGGCAGCGGCGGUAACAACAACAGCAGCGACGGUAACAACGAUAGCAGCAACAACAACAACAGCAGCGACCCGCUCAAAGACAAAACUCAGAGCGACCUGGUGGAGCGCCAGGGCAUCAAAGUGCUCAGCUACCCGCAGUACUGCCGCUUUCGCUCCCUGCAGAGACGCAUCCAGGCCGGCGCGAGGGGCCCGGUGCUGCAGGACCUCCACCUGCUGGCCCUGGGAGGCGUGAAGGCGCGGCCCAACACCCGGCUGCUGUUCUGCAGGGACACCUUCAACCACCCGACGCUGGAGAGCGCCGGCUUCUCCUGCCAGUUCAGAUGUCCGUCCUUCAGUCUUCGAGGGCGACCUCGCAAGAGGAAAACCCGAGACGACAAAGAGUCCUCGAACUCCAGCCAAUCAGAGUCCUGGAUUGAGAGGAUGAAGGAGAACGUGAUGGGCAGCGUGGAGGUCGGCUGUGAGGGCAGCUGGCUCCCCGACCCUGAAGAGCAGCUGUUCCUGGAUCAGCUCUUCGCCUUCAUGGAGCGCCUCGGCUCGCCCAUCCACAAAGUCCCCAACCUCGGCUUCAAGAAGAUUGACCUCUUCCUCAUGUACUCUGUGGUCAAGCGGCUCGGAGGCUACAAACGAGUGACAUUGGACCGUCUCUGGAAAAUCGUCUAUAACGAGCUGGGAGGAUGUGCCGGCAGCACCAGCGCUGCUACCUGCACCAGGAGACACUACGAGAGGCUGAUGCUUUCUUAUGAAGAGCACCUCAGAGCCGGAGGAACAGAAUUCAAAGUCCCAGAAUCCCCCAUGCCUCUGAAACCCAGAGGGAUAAGAGGAAGGAAACCAUUUCAGAGAGGCAGAAAGCCAGGACCCAAAUCCAACGACAAGAAGAUGACGCCGCCGCCGACAACAACAACAACAACGAUGAUGACGACGCCUCCUCCUGCUGCUCCUCCUCCUCCUGCUCCUCCUCCUCCUCCUCCUGCUCCUGCUUCUCGUGCUAUCGUGAACCCGACCGUCGCCGUGGCGACGAAGAGGGGCCGAGGCCGGCCGCCGGGCACGCGCAACAAGGCCACGCUGCUCGCUCAGGCCAAGCUGGUGGCGCAGCAGCACGCCAAAGCCAAGGCGACGGCCGAGUGUCAGCAGCCGGGUCCUCUGCUCCCUGUCCGACGGGAGCCCGGUGGACCGACCCCCAGCAGCACGCACAGGCCCAUCCUCCCGAUGCUCCCUGUCAACAUGCCCCUCACCCCCGACCUCUCCCCCAUGUCCGCCCCCUUCCUCCCCUUCCUGGCGAAACCAAAGGAGCUGAAGCCGGACCGGGGGGAGCGCGCGGCGGCCGCUCCGGGAGCGCUCCUCUCCACUCUGCCCCGUCACUUCGUGGGGGCGUCCAUCGGCGGCUUCAGCCCCAUCAAAGGCGUCUGUCCUCUGGACGUCUUCCGGAGCAGCAUCGGCCUCCAGAGGGGGCCGGAGAGCCCCGCCCUGACGCCUCAGGACCCCACCCAGCACCACCCGACCAUCUACACACUCCAGCCCAAAAGCGGGAGCCCGAAUACGCCUCAUCCUAGCGGGGACCAGCUGCAGCCUCAGCCCCACCCGCAGCACAACCACUGCUCGGGGUGCAACGGGGACGAGGCGGCCCAGAGAGGAGGCAUUCGGGACGCCAGGAGCCGGCCCCCUCUGCCCCCCCUCCGGGUCCUGCCUCUGAACCUGGACUGCAGCGUCCAGGUGUGCCAGCUGAUGAGGACUCGCCUGGGCUCGUCUCAGUUCCAGACCUUCACCCGCCGGCUGUCCGAGGCUCUGUCCCAGGACCUGAGCGCCAAGCCCCCGUGCUCCCCCAUCACCCCUCCCCCCGAGCAGGCGCUGCCUCUCAACCUCAGCAAACGCCUCACGGCUAAGAGACCCGGCGCAGAGGGACCGGAGCCCAGUCUGGCGGCGCUCAACGGGGGCGCGGAUCAACCGCCGUCCAAAAGACCCAGACCCGGCUCCACGGAGCCGGUCGAGGGCUUCGGCCCGGGGGGCCGCUCGAGCUCCGGGGGAGGAGAGCAGGAUGUCGAGAUGGAGAACCAGGAAGAACCCGCGGACCUGAGCUCUCCGAGCAGGAUCAGGGCCUUCCUGCUCGGGCUGCCGCCCUUCCAGGUGAAAUUCGAGGACGAUCUGAACGGGACGAGGUUCGGGAGAUUUCUCCCGCCGGUAUCCAUGGCGGAAACCCAGAGGACCGCGACCGGAGAGGGAGGAGCGGCAUUAAAGAAAGACGGCAAGGAGGAGGUGGUUGGAAUGGAGCGACGCGAAACUGAGAUGAGCAACAAACUCCAGAAGUUCGAGAAGGAGGAGCAAGAGGCCGCCCACCUCUCCGGUCCAGCAGAGCUGCAGAGAGCCGGACACCCCAACACGGACACACACUGUUUUUAGCGUCGCUCCCCCUGUUGAUAUUAACAUUUUACCAUCAGAAAACUGUCCGAUGAACUGGGGAUUCGACGGAUUUGGGAUGUGGAACUCGUAUCCAGCGUGGGUCUCGGUGCCGGCUCAGGUUAACCUGAACAUGUGGAGCAGGGAAGUUCCUCUCCGCUUCACAUUUGAGAACAAUUGAACACUUUUUUUUGUCUCCAUGUUGUUGUUUUUUUUCCUCACCUUUAAAAUAUUUUUCUUUAAGCUCACGUCGUCGAUCGAACUUUGCAGAGAAACGACGACGCUGAGAAUCACGACAAUCACACAUCGGCUUCUCUUUCCGUCUGUUGAUUUCCGUCUCUCUUUUAAAGGUAAAAAGGAAAAGAACCGGAGAGGUGAGCCGGUGACUCCGACACAAACACCGCCACGACCUCCAGAACACUAACUCCCCUAUUCAACGCUUCGGUGGAACAUUGAAUAAGAUCCAUGUGACUUAAAAAUACUAAAUAUCUAUGCGUGAUGCUAUGCAUCAAGACUUCAUAAGUUAGCAUCGAGAGUAUACUGUAGUUUCUUAGUUUAAUUUUUAAAAUUGUACUCUACUUCCGUCGAGAUAUAUAUAUAUACAUAUAGAUAUAUAUAUAUAUAGUUAUUUUCUGAUAAAGUGUCUCGAUGUUAUCCGGAGCUCCUCAAGUCUUCACAUUAUAGCCCGUUAGGUGAAGCCUCUCUGUCGUCCUGCUCGUUAGAUGAGAUUAUAUCAACGUACACAUAUGUGCCUUAAACACACGGCGUUAAAGAGAUCCCUUGAUGUUGGACCCGCCGCUCCUCGGGGGGGGGGGGUCUUUGGAACGGAUGCGGAUACGACGCCCGAGGUUCUGUUACUUUUCCACGCAAGAAGCCAAAGUCGUCAAACGUCGAGCGUCGUCUUCAAUGUUUAGCGGCCGUACUUGUCUGAAUGAAACCGGGUCAAGUCCAGAAGUGUCGAGCUCUGACGCGGUGCCGCCGACGCGUUGCACACGGCACUAACGCGCGAGGCGUCGUCGUCUCGCCUUCGUCACGACCGCGUGUUCGACCGAUGUCGGGUCGGCACCGGUGGGAGGAAUGUGUGGAGAUCAAACGCGUAGCCCAAACAUUCAGACGACCUCCGAUUUUUUUUUUCUCUCAAAGAAUUCAAAGUGUCUUUUCCUUGAAUUUUUCGAUAACGUAAAAUAUCAAAAUGCAAUCUGGAGACGUCCCGACGUCGCCGAGCGCUCCCCUCCCCCCCCCGUGACGAGAUCUGCAAUUAGCAUUCGACUUAUUGAUAUCACGAAAAGGUGGAGAUUGUUAUUUCAUUUUGUUCUGUGAAUAGUUUGUUACUUUAUAACUUGAAGUGAGUACGUCGUGGCCAUUUUAGGAGGUUACGUACCACAGCGGCCUCCUGGAGCCAGUCUGUGUGCUACGCUAGGCUAGGCUAGGCUAAGCUAGGCUCAUUUUAUAUUUAGCGUGCGAUCAUGAGGGGCAUCAAUCUUCUCCAAAUCCAGGCAGGAAAGUGAAAAGGCUGCGUUGCUUUAAGAGAUCGGAUCUUUCCUCGUACAUCCAGACGCAGGUCGUACGUAAACGCCCGGUGACAAAAUGAUAAAAAUGAAACCGUAAAGCAUUCACCAAAGAACGAGUUGCCGCUCUCCCCCCCCACUUUAAACCGACCUAGUGCUCCUUCCUCCUCGUCUUCAUUCAUCUCAAGUGCCAACGCAAAAAAGAAAACGCAUCUCGUGACAAAGCGAACCCCGUGGAGCUGCAGGAGGAACGUCUCCGCAUGUCAAGGUAUCCCUUUGACCUUUGACCUCCGCCUUCCACUCGUCUCGGUUGGUUUCACAUUUGCACACCUACUGUACACGCGUCUUCAUUUGGGUUUAUUCGCCUCCAUAUUUAUGUUUGCCAUGUUUUUAUUUCAUCUUUCUGCCAUGUUUUUGUUUGUUUUUCAUUUAGUAGCGGUAUCAACCGCGACACCGGAAUUACCUGGUGCUGUUUAUUCUUAGUUAUGUAACCAUGUUGUUGUUGUUGUUUUUAAUGGUUAAAGCUGCAAAUAAUGUUUUAUCCCAGCAAGUCAUUGGAUGUCGACUUCCGUCUCAAACUUAUUUUCUUCCCCCUGCGUUUGAAACCAGUUUUUUUUUUUUUUUAAUUCUCACGGCAGAUUUAUUUAGUCCAGAGAAAAUAUUUUAGAGAACUAACAUUUUAACGACGACGAGACUUGUAGUGAAAAUAUUUGCUGUUUUUAUUCCGCCUUGUUGGCUUCGUGUGAGACGGAUGUGAAUUGUUUUGUGGUUUUGAAUGCAUGAGAAGAGAAAUGUAUCCUCUGUAGAUCACACCAAAGCACAUGUAACUCCACCACCUGUUUUUAUAACGUUCUCAUUAUGCUGAAGGGCGAGUUGUCAUUCAUACUUCAGGAUCUUAUUGUCAUUCUUUUUUUAACAAGAAGAAGAUUAAAUACUUCUCAUCUGUGAUGUUGUUUCAUCCAUGCGGUCAAACGUUGACGCCUCUCACAAUACGCCCGGUCGUCUCGCAGCUGGACUCGUCGUCGGGGGAGGCGACCACGUGCGUUUCUGAGCGCGCUCAGUCUGACCUGUACGUCUGCGGCUGAAGAUCAAAGGGUUUGUAAUCCGCUCCCAGCGUCCACGCUCGACCGCUGGGCGGGCGGACACUCGGGGGCGGAAAUGCAGCACCAGCGAAGAAGAACGGCAUGUUUUUUAAUUUGUUUGUAUGUUUUAUCUGUCUUGUUGGUUAAAAUACGGAGGACGGCCCACACUUUAGGUUUUUUCCUCAGUUGUAAAGUGCCGGAUGCCUUUUUAAAAUAUAUAAUCUUUAAGUCUUUACAUCGGGACGACUUUUCCCCGGGCCCAGUUGCACAAAUAUAAAACCGUAAGUCCUGUCAAAAAUGUUUAAGAUAAUUCUUUUUUUGAAUGUUUUUUGAGCUUCUGGUUAAUUUCUUUGAUCUCCAUCGCAGUACCACGAGUGUCCACUGGGACAAUGUGCCGGCUAGCUCUCAUUACGGCUACAGGGCGGUUGGGACUUUCCCAAGAAACUGGCUCAAACGUGUCUUUCAAGCUCCUUCGUGAAAUGAAUUGUCUCCAUAUAUAUAUUAUAUUAUAAUAUAUCUAUAUAAUAAUAUAGAUAUAUUAUAAUAUAUAUAUAGCUGUCUGAAAGUGCUCUCCGUUCUCCACAUUUCAACGACUCGUUGCCUCUCGCCCUUCGAGGCUUUUACUCUUUUUCUUUUAGACGACACUGUGCAAACGAGUCGAUUUCAUGUCGAACGCUCUCCUCCGCUGGGAGCUUCCCAGUCCAACCACAGCUCCACGAGGACCAGUUUGAUGUCCCAGUCCGACGCCCCUCAACAUCAUGUUGCCUAACUUGGUUUACCCCCCCCCCCCCCCCCCCUGCAUGUUCAUUUCUUUAUGUUGAUAACUACAGAUCUUCUAGACUAAAAGCAGUAUGAGAGUCGAAUAGUUUUUCUUCUUUUGGUUAUUUUAUCUUACGUUUGUAACUGUUUCUUUAGGUAUGAUUUCUUUCUUUUGAUAAAGUUAAAGAUUUAACUGUUUACAUUUUGUUAUGCAUGUUCAAACUGAUUUGUUCUAUCCAGUGUUUUGCACACUACUUCAGCAUCGCUCUUGAACGCCACCACUCAUUUAUGUAAAGUACUUUUUUUAUUUAUUUAAAUGAAGUGCCUGAUAUUUGAAAGUGAACAUUGUCUCGCCUUCACGCCACGCUCCACGGCUCCCGGUGGCCUGCGAUGUUUUCUUGACCCCUUUUUGUUUUGAAGCGCCACGCUGACCUGGACCUUCAGGACUCGACGCCUCGAGGCCGGCGGAGAGCUCGGCGAUGCGGUUUCAUCGGGCGAGCAGCGUUCCCCGAAGAUAAAUGAUCAAAGUAAAGGUGCUCUAUGCGACAUUUUAACAUCUGUGAAUUGAUGAAGAGUAACGUCGUAACCCGGACAGAUUUCUACACUCCAAAACCAGGGAAUUUGACAUUUUUUGCGUUAAAGAAAUUACCUAUUAUUGAAUUUAUUCAAAUCAAUUUCUUCUUUUAACGAUAGAAAGUGAGUAAAUAUGGAAAAUGUCCAUCACACAAAUAAAAUGGUCUUAUUCUGUCCGGCCAACAAGUCGAGUGAAAAGUAAAAUGUAGAAAGGUUUCAUGGAAAAUGUGUGAACUUUUUUCCAACCUGUAAAAGUGAGACGUUAUAAAUGACGCAUGUUGCACCUUUUUUUCCCAUAAACUGUUGGAUGUUCAGCACCAAUGAAUGUUUCAGUCGCUUCUCGUGAUCUGUGUUAUCGCUCGACUCAAUUUCCUCAUUUUAUUUCUUUUCCACCUCGAAAACAAAAGAUGAACUUUAAUAAGUCGGUCUCUUGUUUAGUUUUUUCUCGCGGAGUGUGUUGAACUUUUUGAAGAGAACGGCCACUCGCUGGUGUCCUCGGUCACGUGAUCUGUUGCAUUCGUGUGAUUGGAUGAUUGCAGAUCUGCAGCACAAAAGUCCAGUUCCAUAUUUUAGUUUCUGAAAGCGGUGAACAGCCGGCAGUGUCGGGUACCUUUCCAUUUUAACACUGUAUAUUUAUAAUAAAAUUAAUCCGUUAUUAAAACCUG